AUGUCUCGGAGCCCCCCAGGCAGCUCCGUGGAUGACAAGACCUUUCUCCUGGAGUACCGAUGCCACCCGCUGCAGCCGGAGCCCCCCGGCCCGAGCCCCCCGCCCGAGCCGCGCCGCAUCGUCCUCAGCACCGACAGCCCGGCCGCGCUGAAGGUGGGGACCCAGCAGCUGAUCCCCAAAAGCUUGGCUGUCUCCACCAAGACCAAGAACAGUCCUUCCCAGCACCAGAGCUUCGGAGCAGCCAGGCCGAGCCGAGCGGCCCCGGGCCCUGAGCUGAAGCGGGCAGCUGUGCCCGGCGAGGAGGAGGAGGGGGGGGAGGAUGGUGGGGGGACCCUCAAGCGGAACCUGAGGAACAUGCCCUACCGUGCUGCCAUGAAGGGCCCGGGCACAGAGCUGGAGCUGGUCCCCUCGCUGAAACCUGUGUCAGAGGAGGGCAACCCCCUGCCUGGCCCCAGCAGGAGCAAGAGGACCUUCGGGCGGAGGCGGGUGCAGAAGCGCGGCGGCUCCUUCAAGGACCAGCCCCGGCUGUACCAGGAAAUCCGUGAGAGAGGUCUGAACUCUGUCAGCCAUGAGUCAGAUGAGGAUUUGCCAGGGGAAUCCAUCCCAGAAGAGCCCUCCCCUCUGGACACUGCUAUCGUGGUGCAGAGCUACCGCCAGGCGCAGGUGACCUGGAGCCAGCUCCCAGAGGUGCUGGAAGCCGGGAUCCUGAGCUGGAUAUCCCCCGAGGAGCGCAAGCGGCAGGAGGCAAUGUUUGAGAUCAUCACUUCUGAGUACUCCUACAUGCACAGCCUGAGCAUCCUGGUGGGCCACUUCAUGAAGUCAGAGGAGCUGAAGGAGACCAUGACUCAGACAGAGCACCACCACCUCUUCUCCAACAUCAGUGACAUCCUGACAGUCAGCACCAGCUUCUUUGGAGACCUAGAGAAGAGGUACCAGGAAAACCUCCUAAUUCCUGACAUCAGUGACAUAGUGGAAGAACACGCCUCGAACCACUUCAAUCCUUACAUCAGCUACUGCUCCAACGAAGUCUACCAGCAGAGGACUCUCCAGAAGCUGCUAAACACAAACCCCUUAUUUAAAGAGACCUUGAAACAAAUUGAGAGGAAAGCAGCCUGUGGGGGCCUGCCAAUGAUAUCGUUUCUCAUCCUCCCUAUGCAGAGGGUGACACGGCUUCCUCUGCUCUUAGAUACUGUCUGUCAGAAAACAAAAGCAGGCACUGCAGUGUAUGGAGCUGCCACCAGAGCUCUGAAAGCCAUCAGCAAGCUGGUUAAGAACUGCAACGAGGGAGCUCGUGCUAUGGAGAGGACAGAGCAGAUGUACACCCUGCAGAAACACCUGGAAUUUGGAAAAAAGAAGCCCUUCCCGCUGAUCUCCGCGUCCCGCUGGCUGCUGAAGCGGGGGGAGCUGCUCCUGCUGCUCUCGGAAGAGGCCGGGAUCUUCCGCCGCGGCGCCGGCAGGCUCUGCCACCUCUUCUUGUUCAACGAUGUCCUGAUCAUCACCAAGAAGAAGAGUGAGGAGAGCUACACUGUGAUGAACUAUGCCACGCUGGACCAGGUCACCGUGGAGAAGAUUGAGAAUGUGGACCCACCUUCCCCUCCUCCUGGGAAGAGUGGGCACCUGCUGCGGGUGGUGAUGGAGAAGGACAGUGAGGGCAGGCGGGAGGAGAUCGUGCUGUCAGCAGAGACGCUGAGCGACCGGGCGCGCUGGAUCACUGCACUGAUGCACAGAGAGAAGGAGAAGCCUGACACCACUCCCAGAGGAGACCUGAGCCAGGUGGAGAUCACCCGGGCAUACCUGGCCAAGCAGGCAGACGAGCUGUCCCUGCAGCAGGCUGACGUGGUCCUGGUGCUGGCUGAGGAGGACGGCUGGUGCUGGGGCGAGAGGCUGUGGCUGCUUGGUGGCACCAAGGGAGCUCCAGUGGCACAGGACCUAGUGCUCAACCUGCGGCGGGUGUGA